CAGUGCUGAAACUUAGGUUGAUGAGUGCUGGAAUAUUGGGUGCCCCAACACAGGGAGGCUGCUGCCACUCGGCGGAUGAUGGGCAGUGCCCGGGGCUGCACUCUGCUGCACUUCAAUGAAGACAACGGGCGCUUUGUACUCCUGGCCACCCUCAUUGUGGCUUACCUGGUGUGUGGGGCCGCCAUCUUCUCAGCUAUCGAGCGGCCCACCGAACUGCAGGCUCGAGCCAAGUGGAAUCAGACUCUACGCCACUUUGCUGACAAGUUUGACAUCGCCACCGGGGAGUUGAGCACCUUCCUGCAAGAGUACGAGGCAGCGAUCACAGCUGGGAUUCACACCAACACCUUGAGACCCAGGUGGGACUUCACCGGAGCCUUCUACUUCGUGGGGACGGUAGUGUCCACCAUCGGCUUUGGCAUGACGACUCCAGCAACAAUGGCAGGAAAAGUGUUUCUGAUAUUUUAUGGCCUUCUUGGAUGUGCAGGAACCAUUUUGUUUUUUAACCUCUUCCUGGAGCGCACUAUUACCCUGCUGGCUUUCAUCAUGAAGGCAUACCACCAGAGGCAGCUACAGAGUAAAGACCUGCUCCCUCCCAUGAUUCACCGGCAAUCAGCAAUGACAGACACAGCUAGCUUGGCGGGGUGGAAGCCAUCUGUGUACUACAUUAUGCUGAUACUUGGCAUUGCAGCCAUUAUAAUCUCCUGUUGUGCGUCCGCAAUGUACACACCAGUGGAAGGAUGGAAUUAUGCUGACUCCUUGUACUUCUGCUUUGUCACCUUCAGUACUAUUGGCUUCGGGGAUCUGGUCAGCAGUCAGAACGCAGCCUAUACAAAUCAGGGAUUGUACAGAUUUGGUAAUUUUGUAUUCAUACUCUUGGGGGUGUGUUGCAUCUAUUCACUCUUCAAUGUCAUCUCCAUUGUGAUCAAACAGUUCCUGAACUGGCUACUGAAGAAACUGGAGUGUAGAUGCUGCCCGAGGUGUCGGAGAGGAAAGAUGCGCACUGGACGGCGGAAUGCCAUCACCCCGGGACAAUCUCGUAUCCAUAGGAACCAGGUCUUUGUAGGUGGCGAGGGGCCAUGUGACAGUGACGGGGAGGGACGGAGGCUCUCUGGAGAAAUGAUCUCCAUAAGGGACCUCACUGCCUCCAACAAGGUGUCACUUGCCAUCCUGCAGAAGCAGCUGUCAGAAACUGCCAAUGGUCAUCCUCGGACAGUGUGUGUCAACACAAGGCAGAAUGGUUUCUCAGGUGGAGUGGGAGCUUUAGCCAUUAUGAAUAACAGAUUGGCAGAAACCAGUGAAAGUAGGUAAUAAAUAAAGAAAAGCUUUAGCACAGUCAGAUUUUUAUUCUGAAAAUGAACAAAGAGUUCCAAGGCAUACUAGUAUUUUAUACAACAAAUUUCCAUUAUACCCAGAGUGAACCAUUAUCUCUCAGUCCAUAUAAUGUCUACAGGACAUGCACUUAAAACAUUUCUGAGGAAAAAUCUGGGUUAUUACAAGCGAUUUUUAGAGAGAGCGUUCCUCUUCCCGUCUGAUUUUCUGAUGUUACCAUUGGUUUAUGUGGUUCUUUCCAACAACUGGGGGUUUAGAGGAAAAUCAGUACUGAGCCUGAGAAAUGAACAGUAGCCUUGCUGGGGCUGGAGUAGACACACAAGAACCAGUUUAGAACUGCUGCUCAUUUAUUUCUCAUGAAGAUAUUUCAGGAGGGAAAGAAGCUGAGACCUUCUUAGAAGCCCAAAUUUUAUUUUUGAAGCAAUUUUCAGCCAUUAUUAUGAGUAAGUGCAUGUCCCCUUGUUUUGGAUAAGAGAUAUUUUUAAGUCUGCAAGUUAGGGUCCUACACAAUUCUGUAGGAGGUCACGUGCUGUGAAUGCCCUGCCUAUUUCUAUUAGGACAAAUUUAAAGUUUUUUUUGGAACUGGGUAGACUGAUUCUGGUUCCACAGAAAGGGUGGGCCAGUUUUUGCUCUUCCAGACAACUCCAACCCCAACCCCACAAUUAAUUCUAGCUGCCUGGUCAGAAUCAUUUCCAUUGAGAAGCUAAGCUACUCAGCUGAGCAACUCUGCAAUCCUUCAUCAGAACAGCUCUGAUGAAAGGUCAUAGACCUGAAACAUAAACUCUGUUGCUCUCUCUGCAGAUGCUGCCAGACCUGCUGAGUUUCUCCAACAUUUACUGUUUUUAUUUCAUAUUUCUAACAUCCAGAGUAUUUUGCUUUUACUGCAUUUCACACCAAAUCGUGAUUAAGUAUAAUUACAUAUGAAUGUUUAAUGGAUAAACAGGGACACCACAGUAUUGAGCAAACAAGACAUUAAAUGUAAAGAGUGCUUAUUAUUCAUGAAUCAGCCACUUUCAGAAUUCCUAAGAAAUUUCCAGUAAUGCAUUUAAAAAGAAGCAUCCAAAGUAAAUCAGCAGUUUUGGAGUUAAGAAGGUCUCGCCAGAUUUCAGAGCUUGAACUGAGUUAAGGUUAAAUGAACAUAAAGCUGAUCUACGUCAGUUCAUGUAACAUGGUAUUUGUUGAGAAGAUGGUAAAAAUAAAGGUAACCAGUUAGAAAUGGAGCGUAGAAAAUCUGAGGCUGAAAUGAACAUUAUGUGGUUUUCUCAACUUGUGUUCAUGAAGUUUGGAUUCAGGGCAAAUCUUUGACCAUCGAUAUGUCUCAGCCUCACUCUUGACUUCAUUAGUGGUAUUCCUAUUAUAUCUUUAUCAUCUGUCCAGCAGCUUCCAACACUGUGGUGACCAGUUUACACCAAUUUGUGCUGAAUUUGAGACAGUUGGCCAUUUUGUUUUAGCUUAAUGUUUCCAUUUUAUCUGAAUGUAACUGUGACAAAAGAGGGACCAACGUAUCCAGAUUGAACCAGGGGCACAGAUAGUGUCCUUGGAAAGACAGUGAGUAUUUGAUCCAUAGAGAGUGACAUGCAGAAAACCCAACAACAUAGAAAUUGACAAUUUGGACUUGGACAUCAAGAUUCCAAUAGAUAGUUUUCUGAAGAUAAAGUGCUGAAUGUUUUAGUCAAAAGCUGAAGGUGCCCAGCAGUGGGAGAGGCAAAAGAAGGUUAUACUGGAUCUGAAGAGCAUACCAGAGUUUGGUUGACAUGAUAUAUAUUUUAACAUAUCUUAAUAUGUAUUGAAGGACACACACUAAGAAUCCUCUUCAAUGUAUUUUGUUUAAAAUGGUAUUUAAUAAAUAUUGACAGUCAUCUGAUUAAUAUAAUGCCAUAAACCACAUGAGCACUAAUGUGGAGUUCAAGAUUACCCAUUUUGGUAUCAAACUUAGUGAAGGGUAUGCAAUUUUCACACCAGUAAAAUGAUCAAUGCAUUGCAAUUGUUAAUUUAUAUUCUUCUUAUGAUUGAAGGCCACUUUGUCCUGAGUACUAGGGCUAUGUAUGAAGCAGGACUGCCUGGAAGAAACCUUAAUCAAACCAUGAUUACCAUGUGGCACAAUUUGUAGAAAUGGGAACUCUUGGAGGGAUGGUAUGUAUUAUCCUCAUUAUAUACAUCAGCCUGCUACUUCAUAGUUCAAUGAGUGAAAGUACAGUUUCUAAGUGGAGAAAUGUGCUUAGAUGCUAAUAAUGUCCAAUUUACUGUCUUCUUUAGACAACUUAUUGGCCACCUGGUUGCAAUGAAAAUGAAGCAAAAUCAGGUGCGCUUGCUUCAGACACAUUGCAUCUAAUGUCAAUGAGGAUGAGGCAUUGUAGGAAUUUUCAACACAUUGUGGACAUUCCAUGUUCUACCAUCAGUCAGAUUUGAGUCUCAUGAGAAAAUGGUUUUCAGUGGUGUAGAGAAGCAAAGGAAGAUUCAACUAAUGGGAGGAAUGAUGUCUCAGGCCCAACACUUUGUCUUGUGCAAUUAAUGACAGGCACUGUUUAAGAAAGGCACCCUUUUCCCGCAUCCCAAUCCCUCAGCAAUUGGAUGACAAAAUACAUGGUAUCAAUGCACACACAUCAGUGUGUUGAUCUCAGAUGCUUCUGAACCAUAGCCAACUUGUUAGUGAUUCAGAAACCACACAUCGUUUCCUCACCUCUGUCAGGGGGUACUUAGGAAUGGAGUAAAAACAACGUGUAGAAAGAAUGAACCACAAGGGGUCAUUUAAAACACCUCAGGAAAGCUUCUUGGGUCUAUAUGUGUCAUGAUAUCAACACCACACACCCUCAACAACCACAUUCCUGCAAUUUUCACAGGUCCCAAGGCAUUCAGACACCAUUCCUAUUCAGUCAAUAAUAAAAUUUCCCAGGUGACUAUAUCCUGCAUAUGAUCUGUUGGUUGUUCCGAAAAGUAAAUAGGGGCUGAUUUUGACUUUGGACAACUGAGUCAAUUUAGUUGUAAUAACUUGACUACCCAUUUUAUAUUUCUGUCCAGUUGCUAAUACCUUUAAGUUCAAUCAAAAUUAAAUUUGGAAGAGAUUUAGAAAUGAAUGUUGAGUCAUUAGCAACCACUUUACAUGAACACUCAAAGCUCAAAACAACCCCAAAGCUUGUAAAUAAAUUAAAACAGAAUGAACAGGUCUUGGUCAAAAUUAAAGCAGAGCCAGAGGUUUUGUGAGUGCAAAUAUAUCUAGUAGAAAGUUAACUCUCAUUAAAUAGAAUUAAUAUUAUCAUACUUGAA